AUGCUACAAAAUUUAUAAGUGGAAGGUCGAGAAAUCAGUCAAGAUUAUUCACAUGAAUGGGUAAUGGGGAAUGCAGAUUUGAGAAGUAUUGAGAAAGGGAUUCCGAUAGCUGAGUUUAGUGAAUAAAUUUAGAAUAGAGAUUAAGAAAUGGAAUUUAGAGUAAAAAUAAAAAUUUAUUUUUCUCUAAGAUUUUAAGAAGGUUGACAGAAACUUAGUAUCAUAAUGAUAACCUUUAUGAUUUUCAUCCUGAUAUUUUGAAAUUGAAUCGUUAUAGUAACAUCAUACCUUGUAAUGUAAAAAGUUAUCAUAGUUAAACACUCAAUAGUAAAAUUGAAAUGUGAUGAAGAAGAGAACUAAAAGGAGUCAUAUUUAAAUGCUGAUUACAUAAAUGUAAGGUAUAAUAUAAAGUUAUUAGUUAAUAAAUGGAAAGGAGAAGAUGAUGAUUGCAACAUAAGGUCCAGUAUGUUAAACAAUAGGACAUUUUUGGAGAAUGAUUUCUUAAGAGAGUGUAGCAGUGAUAGUAAUGCUGUGUAAUUUAAAAGAAAAUGGAAAGGUAAUAGAAGUUUUGAAAAUAUGAUAGGCAUAAUGUGAGUAAUACUGGCCUAAAAAUAUUGGAGAUAAUUUACUAAUAGGAAAUAUUACAGUAAAUUUCAUUAGUCAAGAGGAUUUGGGGAAUAAUAUAAUAAAAAGAACUUUGAAAAUAUAAGAAUAAAAUGGAGAAGAAAAAUAAGUCAUUUAAUUAUAAUGGUGUGGAUGGCCAGAUCAAGGAGUGCCUAAUCAUAACGAUUUUAAUACAAUAAAAGAGUUACUAACAUAAAUUUUGGAUAGAGUAUUAAAUGAAUAAAAGGUGGUAUUUCAUUGCAGGUAAUAUUAAGUUAUAAAUAUUUAAUUAGUGCUGGAGUUGGGAGAACAGGAACAUUAAUAUCAUUAGUUAAUCUAAUGAUUAUACUUACAACUUACAAAUCUUAUAUAGGAAAUGAUAAUUCUAGUAAGAAAUAUAAAUAAACCAAGAAAUAUUUGAGAAUCCUGAUUAGUUUAGGAUUUCAAUUUUUGGAGUAGUAAGGAGAUUGAGAGAAUAGCGAUGGGGAAUGGUACAUACUUCAGAACAAUACCAAUAUGUUUACAAAUUUAUUGAUGAAGCUAUAAAAUAUAUGUUUUAAUAACAGUGA